AUGGCCUCCAGCAUUGGAAAUGAAAACAGUGUGAAUCCUGUGCUCAGAAUAAGUCAACUUGAUGCUCUUGAACUAAACAAAGCUCUGGAACAGCUAGUGUGGUCCCAGUUUACCAGCUGUUUUCAUGGAUUUAAACCAGGGGUGUUGGCUCAUUUUGAACCAGAAGUAAAAGCAUUUUUAUGGCUUAUAUUAUGGAGAUUCACUGUCUAUUCCAAGAAUGCAACUGUGGGACAGGCUAUUCUGAAUAUUCAAUACAAGAAUAACUUAUCUCAGACAGAGAAAUACCAACCUCUAAGCAAACACCAGAAGUUAUGGUAUCUUAUUUUCACUGUUGGUGGAAGAUGGUUGGAAGAAAGAUGUUACGAUUUAUUUAGCAAUCAUCAACUGCAAUCUUUCUGCAAAAUAAAGAGUUAUAUUAACUUUGGAGCUGGACUUCUUAAAUUUUGUGGACUUCUAAAUUUUCUGAUUUUUCUUCAGAAAGGAACAUUUGCAACACUUACAGAACGCAUUCUAGGAAUUAGGUCAGUCUUUUGUAAGCCACAAAGUGUUCGUCAGGUAGGAUUUGAAUACAUGAACAGGGAGCUCUUAUGGCAUGGGUUUGCUGAAUUUCUGAUCUAUCUGCUACCACUUAUUAACAUACAGAAACUAAAACUUAAAAUUUCUUCUUGGUGUUUGCCUAUUGCAGGUCUUUCCAAUAGUGAAAACACAUUAACAGCUCACUGCAAGGAAUGUUCAAUAUGCGGGGAAUGGCCUACCAUGCCUCAUACCAUAGGCUGUUCGCAUAUCUUUUGUUACUACUGUAUUAAAAGUAACUAUUUAUUUGAUAUGUAUUUUACGUGUCCUAAAUGUGGCUCAGAGGUACGUAGUCUUCAGCCACUGAAAUAUAAAAUUGAAAUGACAGAAUUGCAUACCUGAUAUGGGGUUGAUUUGUUUUUAUACUGUACGUGAAAUAUUAUGUUGCAGAGAUUAAUAGAAAAAUUCAGAAAUUAUUGU